CGCAUCACAUGUCGAGCGCCAUUUUUGUUUUCGAUACUAGUUUUUAUCGACAUACACAAAGCGCAUCACACAUACAAAGACAAAAAAUAAAAAAAUAAGCAGGCUGCGUACGAAAAAUUAAAGAAAAUUAAUUAAACGCUGCCAACGACGCGUUUGUGCUAAAGCAAAUUAACCAAUAAGCUACUUGUGUGUGUCGUCCCACAAACAGCAGCAAAAUAACCAAGUUUAAUAUACGCCUAGAUAACAUCAUGUCGAAAAAUAAAAAAUUGUCGCUAUCAAGCGACUCGACAGAGAAAUUUAUCUACAAGCCUAAGGAUUUGAUUUGGGCCAAAAUGAAGGGAUUCACACCUUGGCCGGGCAUGAUUGUGGAGCCACCGUUGGAUCUGUUAAGUCAACAGAGGCGCGCCAAUACGAGAUGUGUCUUCUUCUUUGGUUCACGCAACUUCGCAUGGAUUGAGGAGAGCAACAUUAAACCGUUUGAGGGUCCUUGGAAGGAUGAUCUGGCGAAAGUAAGCAAACCGGCCUCGUUUCGGCACGCCAUGGCCGACAUUGAUAAAUAUAUUGACAAUCCCACGGAGAUCGAUGGCCAAAUUGAUGAGAGCUGCGGCAUGGGCAAUCAUGCCACUGAGGCGGACUUUGACAAGAUUCGUGAUGGUCUCGACAGCGAUGAGAAUCCCGAUGCGUCAACGGAUGCCAACAAUGGUGUUGUACCCCAUGUGGUUGGCAGUCCAGAUGAAUCCGAUGCGCCGCCCGCUGUUGUUGCCGCCGAGAACAAUACGAAUGCGAAUGCGGGUGCGGGUGCCACAUCGCCAAUAGUGACAACGACACCAACUGCCAAGAGUCAAGCGAAACGCACACCCAAAGCAAAAUCCAGUGCUGCCGUCGCUGUGAGCAGCAAGCAAGCAAAUAAAGCGGCAUCUGCGAAAUCAGCAGCAGCACAAAAGAGACGCAUCUCGGCACAACAUACGCCCACGGGUGCAACGAGUGCUAAGCGCGGCCGACGCACUGCAUCCGGCGAAGCGGAGCAAUAUGAGAGUCCAGGGGCUGUGGACUUUGAUGGCGCCAGCUCGUCAUCGCUGGCGGCACGGGCACGCAUCGAGACGGAUGCCUUUUUGGGCACGUUAACAAAGCGUACACCCAAUGCAAUUGCCCUGCUGGAUCGACCGGUUGUAACCCGGCCGGAAACGCAGACCAUUGACAUGAACUCGCGUUCAAAUACGUUGGCUGAUCGUGACAUUACGCCGUCGGAUCAGACAUUCGGUUUUCUCGGCCUGGGCAUGAUGGGUUCCACCAUUGUCAAGGAUUUGAUAUACACGGGGCACAAGGUUGUGGUCUGGAACCGCACCAUUGAUAAGUGUCAGCCUUUUGUGGAAGCUGGCGCUGAGGUUAAGGACACACCCAUGGAUGUGGUGGAAGCGGCAGACAUAAUAUUCUGCUGUGUAUCAGAUCCCAAGGGCGCCAAAGAUCUCGUCUUUGGCAACUGUGGUGUCCUGCAGCUAAAGGAUUUACGCAAUAAGGCCUAUGUGGAGAUGUCCACCAUUGAUCCGGACACAUCAAUGGACAUUGGAGAGGGCAUCAAGCAAUGCAAUGGCCGAUAUCUGGAGGCACAGAUCCAUGGCUCGCGACAAGAGGCCGCCGAUGGCAUGCUCAUCAUCUUGGCCGGUGGUGAUCGCACUGUCUUUGAGGAGUGCCAUUCCUGCUUCAAGACUAUUGCCAAGAAUACCUUCUUUUUGGGCACAGAUGUUGGCAACGCCUGUAAAGUGAACCUCAUUUUGCAAACCAUUCUGGGCGUCAGUCUGGUUGGCCUGGCAGAGGCGUUAGCUUUGGCUGAUCGUUUUUCCAUUUCGUUAAACGAUAUCAUAGACAUAUUCGAUUUAACUUCUAUGAAAUCACCACUGCUGCUAGCCAAGGGCAAAGAAAUGGCCAAGGGCGAUUUUAAUCCGCAACAACCUUUAAGUCACAUGCAACGCGAUUUGCGUCUUGUGCUCAACAUGGCUGAGAAUUUGGAUCAAUCGAUGCCAGUGACGAGCAUUACAAAUGAGGUGUUUAAGCAUACAAAACGUUUGGGUUACAGCGAGCACGAUUCUAGUGCUGUAUUUAGUAACUUCUAUCCAGAUCAAAGUCUAAAGCAAGAUAUCAAGAACGUUAGCAUUCUGGCUAACUUGACAACUAAACUGUGUCAAUUGCCUCAUUUGGACACAUCGUCAUCUGGCUUGAGGCGAAUGCGAUGGGCGAGCGUUUAAGAGGAAAUCCUUGUAAUGUGGCAGGAAAGAAGACACAGUGAUGAUGAUCAGAGAAUUCAAGAGUAUUGCUGAGAGAGGGGAAGAGACGCCCUUGGGAGAAAGAGGACAGAUUAACCGUGGGGGGAUCGCCUGUUGAUAAAGUGUGUAAGAGCGGACCGCCUUUGUGCAUUAAAAUAUGUAAUUCGGAUGUUUAUUUGAACACUUAUUAUUAUGAUUAUUAUUGUUUUAUUGACUUACUUCGGGCCCAAUGUUAGCUGACGCCGUUGUACGAGCAACAAUCAAGAAUCAAUUUAGAAUUCAUCUCUACCAAACUCCUUCCUCAUCCCCAUUCCCGCAUCAAUAAAUAACGAGGAAAAUCGAGGCGAGUUUAUUUGUGUGUCAUUUGUUGCAAAACUGCCUCUCUUUCGAUGAAAUGUUAAUGUUGCUGCCCCAAUAUAACUAAAUUAAAAAGAAAUUAUACAUUGUUAUGAAUGCAGAGAGCAUGCAAAUAAAUUGUAAAAGCAUAA